CGGUCUGGAUUUCUGUGUGGUGUUUGAUGUAUCGAAUUGUUUUGUUUUUCAUAAUUGGACGGUUAACUAUUAAAUAUUUUGAUGUCUUAAAUCUGCAGGUUUAGUAACAGUGAGCAUAUAUCAUUUGUAUGAGAUAGUGAACGGAAUAAGAUAAGGUGGCUUUAAAAAUGAUCACCUACUGCGGCUUAGACUGACCAGAGGAUUUCAUGAACAGAAAAAAAAUCGGAAGUAAAUAAGUGCAGCUUAUUUGGCAGCUGCUCAGAGGAUUUAAAAUAUUAUUUCGACAGUGUAAGAAAGUGGGAUUAAUAUUUUAGCAGUGACAGCAACAGUUUGAUAAAAAAAAGUGGAAUACAUAUGUAUUGUUGUCAAGUGUAAUAAAAUAUAUAAAGAAACAAGUGCGAAUUUGUCUGAACAAAUCCAUUGGGGAAGCUGCUGCCGUGUGAUAUAAUCAUAAAGGGGAUUUAUUUAGAAAAUAAAAGAAGCAAGUGAAAGUGUUAUCUGGAACAAACUCCCAUCAAGUGUGAUCAAAUCUGCUGAUAUAAAAUUACACAUCUUAGGGAAUUUAAGUGCUCAUUCUUGCCAGAUUACAACAUUUGGACAGAUGGAUAUAGACUUGAAUAGACUGACCUCAGCAUUUGUGUGAGCCCUAUAUGUCUCUAUUGGCCAUGAAUCCACCUGGAAUGGGGCCCGAGUCUAUGGUUGGAGACCUCGGACUGAAGUUACCUCACACACAGAGUAUGGGUAUGGACUCGCUGCAGUAUGGUAUGGACGCCAUGAUGUUCCAGCAACAGAAUGCGCACCAGUAUGGAUCCUUCAUGUAUCCAGGGCCUGUCUAUGACAACCAGGGAAUGUAUAAUGAGAUGCAGUCGCCCACGACGAUGUCGGAACAGAGCCUGUCCCCAUCCCCUCCACCCCCUCCGCGCAUGUACAAGCCGUGCGUCGUGUGCAUCGAUAAGUCUUCAGGGUAUCACUACGGCGUUAGCUCAUGCGAGGGCUGCAAGGGAUUUUUCCGACGUAGCGUUCAGAAGAACAUGCAGUAUACCUGCCACAAAGACAAAUGCUGUGUCAUCAACAAGGUGACACGCAACCGGUGCCAGUAUUGCCGUCUACAGAAGUGCUUCGCCAUGGGGAUGUCUAAAGAAGCGGUUAGAAAUGAUCGAAACAAGAAGAAAAAGCAGGCGAAAGUUGACGACCAGUCUCCAUCACCUGAGGAACAAUCAAUCACAGACGAGGAGCUCUCGUUACUCCAGGAUAUCGUGGAGGCCCACAGAGCAACAUACUCGAAGGAAGACAUCGUCCCAUUGUCCCCCCUAAACCUUAACAGCAUCAAACUGGUUGGACUGUCUGAGACCUGUAGAGAUAAACGUGGACCCCGGACGGAGCCUAGUAUUACCGACUCCGAUAAAAAGGAUCAAAGAAAGGAACUUACUGCUGAAAGUAUAAUGCUGUGGGAAAAAAUAACGGAGCUGUCGUCUCGCGGGAUUAUCAAGAUUGUGGAAUUUGCGAAGAAGAUUCCUGGGUUUCUCGCACUCAGUACGACCGACCAAAUCACCAUGUUAAAGGCGGCGUGUCUGGAGAUCAUGAUCUUACGUUUAAGUUCCCGCUAUGACCAAGACUCUGACACCAUGUUAUUUAGCGGGGGCUUGAAUGUAACACGCGAUCAACUAGAAUCGGCAGGGUUUGGUUCGUUGACGGACACGAUAUUCCGGUUUGCGCGAUCUCUGCGUGAUAUGGAUGUAGAUGAAAUGGAGCUUGCGGCCCUCUGCAGUAUAUGCCUGAUAAGCGGAGAUCGCUCUGGGCUGGAAUCUCCAGAAAAAGUUGAGGGCAUGCAGGAACCGAUUCUAGAAGCCUUAAAACAUUAUGUGAAGUCUCGGCGGAAAGAAACACCACAAAUUUACGCGAAAAUGCUGAUGAAAAUCACCGAUCUCCGUAGCAUAAGUGUGAAAGGAGCGGAGAGAGUAUUGCAUUUACGUCUUGAAAUGCCAGGGGAAUUACCUCCCUUGAUAAUAGAAAUGUUGGACAGAACAGAAAACGUGUGCAUACCGUAACUAGUUUUGGCCGCUGACAACAUUGUGAAUAUAUUUUCAUUUCAAACGGCCAGUGAUAUGAUGUAGAAGACAUCAACAAGAGAUGUAAACGCUAUAUAUUUGGUGUAAAUUUUCUGCUGGUACUUGGGUACACAAAUCUUAUUUGGGAAAAGAAUUAUCUGAAGUAUUUUUUGAAUGGAAGGCAUUUUGAGCUGCAAUAUAAAUAGCCUUUAACAAAGUUUAUGUGUAGCAGAUGUGCGGUAAAAUUUCAUACCCUUGUGAAAUUCAUUUUAAUGCACGAGUGUGUUAAUGGAUAUUUUAUAAGAAUAAGGGUUGGUAUUGCAAUGAAGUUGCAACAUAACCAUACACCAAGUGAGAUUUAACCAUUAAGACUGAAGAAAAACUUUUUUUGAUAAACUGUGGAACAGUGCUGCUGUUAUACCCACUAAGGAUUAUGUACAAUGUUUUGCUGAAUAUCAAGACUUCACAAUCAUUUUGUCUUUAAGACAGUGUAAAUGUGAAUCUGAAACCAAAUGCCAUGUUUGGAUGAUAUCCUGCUAAUACAUGUACCAGCAUAAGUUGUAUGGAUGUGAAAUUUGGGGAAAGUGUGGCCCAGCUCAGCUGAAAUGAUAGUGGGAACUGUUGCCCAGCUCAGCUGAGAUGAUGGGGGAAACUGUGGCCCAGCUCAGCUGAGAUGAUGGGGGAAACUGUGGUAUAGAACAGCUGAAAUGAUGGGGAAACUGUGGCAUAGCACAGCUGAAAUGAUUGGGAAACUGUGGGCCAGCUCAGCCAAAGUGAUGGAUGGUGGGAACUGUUGCCCAGCUCAGCUGCAAUGAUGGGCGAAACUGUGUCCCAGCUCAGCUGAAAUGAUAGUGGGAACUGUUGCCCAGCUCAGCUGAAAUGAUAGGCAAAACUGUACCUCAGCUCAGCUGAAAUGAAUGGGAAUUUGUGGCCCAGCUCAGAUGAUAUUAUGAGAUUUAUAACAGACUUCAAACACAGGGAUAGACUGUACAUAAUUAUGUUAACUCAGGUUAUUUUUCAUUAUAAAAUUCCAGCCGAAAGCUUCAUUCAUUGGAGGUAAUAUAUUCACUCAUUGCUGAUAUUCUUUCAUUAAUUGAUUUUACAUUUCUUAUAUACAUUUGGACAUUAGCUGUACAUCAUGUCAUUAUUUGUUGCUGAUUUGUUGUUAUUUCGUGUUGUACAGUUAAAGGGCUAAGAGCAGGCAAAAAAAAUGUGUUUGUUUCCGAUUUUACUGCCUCCAAAUUAUAGUCGAGGUUUGACAGAUUUUUUUGGACAACAGUAUCAUUACAAAACAUGGUACAUUAUUAUAAUUCAGUAGAAAAAAAGAAGAAAAUAACUGCAGAUAUCAGACAGUUUAAGGUGUUAAUAAUAUUAAGCUUAAUUCCUGUAUCACCUUUCCAUGUUAGAUAUUGAAUUGUUUUGAUAAAUGUUAGUACAAAAGGUGAGCUUGUCUAAACAUCAUUGUUACGCGUCAAAACGUUGCCGUUUGGUCCAGGUUAAUGUAAACUAUAGCGCUCCAUAAAAUACAAUAAAUUAAGGUGUCUUUCGGAAUUCAGUAACUACCGUGAAGAUGUACCAAGAAAAUUAACCAAAACCCAAGGAGGAAUUAUAACAAGUAGAACAAAAUGGUCAAAUGGCAAUAACAAAAUAAGUGUUCAUAGAAAAAGAUAGGGGAGGGCUGGAAACUGGAAACAAACAUUUUUUUGUUCCCUGUAUUGUUGUUAUGGAGGGAAUUAAAAUUAUUAAUGAUUUAUGUUGAAUAUUCACAUAAAUGUUAUUCUUUGUAUAGAUUCUAUAAAUACAAUUUUGUCUAUCUGAUGACAAAUUAAAACAUCUGUUUUAUGAUAUGUAAACAGUUUUACAAAUGUACUUAGUUGAAAGCCAUAAUUCAACAGGAAUGUUCUCUUCCCCUGGUAAAGAAAGCUUGUAUAUCAAUACAAUAUUAUAGUUACAAUAUGCAUAUACAGUAAAAUAUGAUUAAACUACAUGUACUCGUAUUGUAAAAUUAGCAAAAUGUUUGGAAAACUGUUAAAACCUUCAUUAAUUAAAAGAGGUUUAAGUUACCACCCCGUAAACACAAACUUUGGUUAGACCUUACAGGACAAGAGCUCAGCACAAGACAAACAUCUUGUAAAUUUAUUUGGUGUUACAACUGCCUUGCAUUAAAGCUACACUCUCCCAUUUACUGUUUUUAAAACUUUUUUUUAUUUUUUGUCUUGGAAUGAACUAAUUUUUGGUAAAUAUCUGCAAACUAGUGGUAUAGGACUGCUGACAAAAGAUUAGAUCGCAGAUUUUCAUAUUUAUGUUCGAAACUUAAUGUUUUGUGUAUAGAACAUCAUUUUUUUAAUUAAAUUAGAAAAUCUAUGAUCUGAAUUUUUUUCAGCGGUCUUAUAUCAUUGGUGUCCAUACAUUUUCGAAUAAAUUGGCUCGUUCCAAGAAAAAAAUUAAAAACUUGUCAAAAUGUUCAAUCUGUGAGAAUGCAGCUUUAUGCUCUCAAUAUGAAUACAUGAUUGGAUAGAUGGGAUUUAAACUUGUGUUGAUUCACCAAGCUGAGCUUUUCAUUUAUAAUAAGUUUGUGUAACCUUGAACUAUUCCUGCUUUGUAAUAUUGUAUUUGUUAAGUUUGGUAAAUUCUGCUCAGAAUGAAACCAUAGCUACCUCAACUGUUAUAACACUUUCCAGAAAAAGUUACUGUGCAUGAUAAAGCUCCUGUCCUUUGUUAUUUAAUAUGUCGGGCAACAUUUUAUUAUUAUUAUUAUUUCACUGCCCUAGAAUAGUAAGGUUCUUGUAGGUAGGUCGGAUUUUUUAUAUUUUAAGUAAAAUUAUGUCUGAACAUCAUUGUCACACUUGAAAACAAUGCCAUUUAGUCUGGAGAAAAGAUCCUUUCAAAAUAAGUAACUACCUUAAAGACCUAUCCAAAAGAAGAACAAACAGCACAUGAAAACCAUAUGUCAUAUGUCAAUAAAACAGUUAGGGUUGGAUGGCAUAAAUUUGGAUAAGUUAAGAAACUGGUAAUUUAAAAAAACAAACUUACAUCUUUAGGCAAAAAUAUUUAUAUGAAAAACUACAGAAACAAGCUGAGGAUGGGAAAGUGUCAACAUAAACCACGUUUAUAGGCAAGAAACAUGGAACAACAGCACAAAACUCCACAAAGAACACAGUGCAUUUAUACUUUAUUAAAACUAGGUGUGUUUAUCAAGGAUUGUUAGGUACCGCCUUGGGACAGUUAGUAAAACAUAAACACAAAAAAAAAAUGAAAAUGUAACUCUGAAUCAAAGUGAUAUUCCUAAACAAUAUAAAUUAUAUGACGGUUUUACAUUUUUAAUUCUCUUCUAGAUGUCUUUGAAUGCACAGUUUCUUGAUUCGUUUGUACGUAUGCAUACAUGAUUGUAUGCUAAGAUCGCGGUAAGGGAAAAUACCUAAUGUCCUGACUGAUAGAAGUUUUUAAACAUAAAGCUACAUGGUGGAAGACCGAUGAAUGUAUCAAAAGUUAUUCAUGUACACUAUGUGGUUCCUGCUUUGUAAAUGUAAGCAAAAGGUUAUGGUUAAUUACUCGAGGAUUGUCAUUCCCUGCUUAGAUACAAACUUUCUGCUCAAACCAUCCUCUCAGGCAUCUCUGAAAAUGGCUUCAUCUUUUUCCAUGCUUGUGAAAAGGACUUUAUACUCAAUUGCAAUAUCAUUUUAAUGUUUUAACCAGUAAAUUGCUUUUUUAAAUCAUUCAAUUUUAGGUAUAUUAUAUUUCAGAAACAUUCUUAUACAUAGUUUACCUUCAUUGUUUUCACAUGUACAUCAUGCCGAUAAUUUUAAAACCACUUUGUUCUUUUGUUUUUAUUAAUUAUUCACCUCAUAAGUAUGUUAUUAUUUUUCAUUUGUUGUGAUUGAUUAUCUGCUUAAAAUCUUGAUAAAAAAUGUGGAACAUUU